UCUCCCUCCCGGCGGCGCCAUGCGCUACAACGAGAAGGAGCUGCAGGCACUAUCCCGGCAGCCAGCCGAGAUGGCUGCGGAGCUGGGCAUGCGAGGCCCCAAGAAGGGCAGCGUGGUGAAGCGGCGGCUGGUAAAGCUGGUGGCCAAUUUCCUGUUCUAUUUCCGGACUGAUGAGGCCGAGCCCAUCGGAGCCCUGUUACUGGAACACUGCCGAAUCACCCGGGAAGAGCCUAGCGGCUUCUCUAUCAGCUUCGUGGAAGACAUAGAGAGGAAGUACCGCUUUGAGUGCUGUAGCGAGGAGCAGUGUCAGGAGUGGAUCUCUGCCCUGCGCAGGGCCAGCUACGAGUUCAUGCGGAGGAGUCUAGUCUUCUACAGGAACGAGAUCCAGAAGAUGACUGGCAAGGACCCCCUGGAGCAGCUCGGCAUCUCCGAGGAGGCCCGGUUCCAGCUGAGCAGCUUGAAGGCAUGAGCCC